GACUAGCAGGAUCGCUGAAGAAGUAGCUGGUCAGCAUGGAGAGUGAGUUAAUAAUGGAUGCUGGGACGCUUGGGUCUGCGCAGGACUUGAAAAUUGCGGUUAUCAGCGGAGGAACAGCAACGAAUGAGUUGGUGGGACUAUUCAGAUCUUUGUCACCAAAUAUCACGUAUAUUUUGCCAAUACUGGAUAACGGAGGAUCUACGUCGGAAUUGAUUCGAGUAAUCGGUGGCCCAGCCAUCGGGGAUAUAAGAUCCAGACUAACCCGGUUGAUUCCAAGUAAGCAGGAGGAGCUUCGAAAGCUUUUAAGCUUUAGGUUAUCCUCAGAUGCCAGCGAAGCCAAGACGCAAUGGAAUGAGAUUGUCGAUGGUACUCACCCGUUAUGGGCAAAGAUCAACUCUUCUACAAAAGAGAUAUUGAGGGCAUUUUUCAUUCAUGUUCAUGUUGAAUUGUUGAAACGGUCCAAGCACCAAUUUUCGAUGCAUAGUAAUAAAUUGUUUAGGUACGAAUUGGCUAAUGUUGGGAAUCUUUUCUUAACCGGGGUUAGGCUAUUUAUAGGUUCGUUGGACUCGGCCAUUGAAUUAUUCUCCAGACUAGUUGGUAUUGAUCCGGAUGUAGAAGUACUUCCUUGCAUAAAUACUAAUUUCACCUAUCAUAUCAGUGCAUUACUUGAGAAUGGUUUGAUAAUAACAGGUCAAUCGCAAAUAUCGCAUCCUUCUCAAACAGAUCCAACUAUUGAUAAUUACCCACCGCCAAUUGAUAAGACCAGACCCUCUACUCCAACUGAAGAUUUCUUAAGAACAAACUAUUUUGGUGCUACUUUAAACGGGUUGCAUUUAGAGAUUCCUAUAAAUGAAGUUGCAAUUGCAAAUACUCAAAGAAGCGAUGAUCAUUUAGAAAAGAAGAAAAGCAUUGAUUCUUACGUAUCUGAUGAUUCAGAUGAAGAAUCAGGUAACGUACCGCAAUACACUCAUCCAGAAUUGAAAAAAUCACAAUUACACUUUAACAAAACUGAAAAUAUAGAACCGUUACUAUCACCAAUUAAACGUAUAUUUUAUAUAUCUCCUUACGGGGAAGAAAUUUGUCCUACUGCUCACAACAGGGUCACUUCAAGUCUUUCAAACUCAGACGUCAUCAUCUAUUCUAUUGGCUCUUUAAUGACAAGUAUAGUGCCAGUUAUCAUUUUGAAAGGUAUUGGUAGAGCCAUUGCUAAUGAUAUCUGUCAAUUUCCUGGUUAUAAUAAGAGAAGAAUUCUUUUACUUAAUGGGUGUGCUGACCGUGAAACUUACGGAAUGACUGCGAAAGACUAUAUCGAGGUUAUUGUCAAAUCAGCUACCUAUUCCUUAAGUGGGACUAAGGGGGGACCAUCGAAUAAUACUGCUGAGCCAGAGUGGAAUAAAGUGGUAUCUCAUUUAUGUUAUAUGAAAGAUCCAAAGAUAGAAGUGGAUACAAACUUUUUGCAAAAUGUUAAAAACAUACAGUGCAUCGAAGUUAAUCGAGUUAGUCCUCAGUCGGACUAUUAUGACUUGGAUGACCUCAAUAAUAAGAUUAAGCAAAUGAUAACCCCAUGAACUUCUACAAGGAAAUAAUGAACCUUUUAAUUUUUAUUUUGUUCUGUCUAAU